UUAGUGCCUGAGAAUGAAAUUCUAACUGUCAUGAAUAGCAGUCAGCUACAGAAAUCAGAUAUGGCUUUAAAUAAAACCCAGCCACUCAACAUCUGUGCACUAUCAAUUGAAGAACAGAAGAUCCUACAGUCCCUUAAUCAUCUCAAUGAAAGGUUACAAUAUGUGCAAGAAACCAUUUGCAAAAAACGAUCCAUGAAAAAUACCUUACAAACAACAUUUCUGAAUAGCCAACCAAGGACCUGUCUAUAUCCUGAUGUUGGAUCCAGAUUGCAGAGAAAGUAUUGAUGAAGUAUAACAGUAACUAUCAAAUGGAACCAUUAUUUUUGAGAAUCUCUUGUAAAAAUAUAUAAUAUAUUUCUAUAUUUGUUAAUGUUUUAAAAUACUAUAACCAUAAAGGUAAAUCAUAAUGUGGGUAAUGGAGAUAUAUGGGCUGGUUUACAUUUAUGCUACAAUGUAUACUUUAUUUAUUGAUAAAUACAUUUUUAAUGAAUGGAAAUAGUUCAUUGUUUUUAAUGAGUAUGCUAAUGGAAAUAAAUUCAUUAGAUUUAAAAAUAAAGCAGGAAUUUUUUAGUUAUUCAAAUUAUGUGUUGGCUAUAGUUGUGAAGCUUUGAUCUUCUGAAAUUCCUGAUAGAUUCUAUUACAUUUUUUUACAGUGUAAAAAGUUUAUGGUUAAUAAAUAAUAUCCCACAUAAACAGUUAAGCUGUUUGUUUAAAACUUUAGAAGAUCUCUGUACUGUAGAGAUGUUACCAAGGGGUCUUGUUCUUAAUUCUGCAUGUUUAGAAAUUAAAGUUAUCAUUUUAUCCAGGGUAACUGAAAAUCCUGGCAAAGCUCAAUAGGUAAAUGGUAAAUAUAAAAAAUAAACUGCAAU